AUGUCUGCUGCUCAGAGGAAAGCGCCGUCAAAGGCCGUUCAGCUCGCUAUCGACGCCGGCGCGCCCACUAUCAUUGACCCUAGCACUUUGCCAGACGUGACGGACAUCUCUCCAGAGACGGUGAUGGAGAUGCGGCACUUGCACGAUUACGCUCGCGAGACCAAGCUCACAACCGAGGAAUGGAUAACCGCGAUCCAGUUCCUGACCGCCAUGGGGCAGAAGUGCUCUCCCAUUCGACAUGAGUUCAUCCUCCUCAGUGACGUUCUGGGCGUCUCGGCGCUUGUGGAUUCGAUCAACCAUACGCGCCAGCCUAACGCGACGGAGAACACGGUGCUAGUCGAUCAGCAAGGCCCUAUGGCCUCCGAAGGCAAAGGUGACCCGCUGCUCGUUACCCUGCGUGUGCUGGACACGCAAGGUCGUCCCGUACCCGGCGCGCGGGUCGAGAUGUGGGAGACGGAUGCAGAGGGGUUCUACGAUACGCAGUAUGAGGGGCGAACGGGGCCGGACUGCCGUGGGAGGCUGAACACGCAAGAAGAUGGCGUGUGCGAGUUCUGGGCCGUCUUCCCCGUUGCGUAUCCUAUUCCGAGCGAUGGCCCGGUUGGAAGCCUCCUUCGCAGCUUGCACACAUCAUGGCCAUCUACACCGCCUAUGUUCCUGCCUGCCGGAGACGACCCCAUUUCGCAGCAACAAUCAUCCUCGACAUACCAGACCACCCAUCACAGUUCGAACUCCUCUGUGGCUGCCUCCUACAGCAACUCUUACGCGGGGAAUCCGUACGUGCCUGCUCUUGGUGUCUACCAAGAGCACUUGAUCGCACCCAUCCAUCCUUUAGAGUUCGGCCAGGCACCCCAGCAACAAUCUCCACACUCGCAAUCUCUACACGGCCUGACCCCGUACCAGUCGUACCAGUCGUACCAGCCUGGCCCAUCGACUGCUGGGCCUCCCUCCAUUUGGCAAUCUUCGCAGGUGCCUAGUACAAGCAGGCAAACAUUCCCGUCGCUCAACACCAACCCCCCCUACCAUCCAUACUCCCCAUACGCACAUCAUCCUUUAGGGUUCAGCGAGGCACAGCGGCCGCAAUGGGACCAGAAUGUGAACGCCUUUAUGGGUAACCCCACCACGCAUACUCCCUCUUCCGGUUCAUGCGUUGCUUGUGGCACGCAGACGGGAGACACAGGCCGAUGCCAGAAUGGCAACCUCCACUAUGUCCACAGGGGGGGAUGUUUGUCUCACAUGGAGAAGGCAUGUCCUGUUGCAAACCUGUGCGAAGCAGCCGCCAUACCGGAAACGCAAUAA